AAUAUCACUAGUCCACAAACAUGUCUAAAAGACUCUCUGAAGAUGUAGGGAAUGACAAUGAUGGAGAAGAAAUCCCAUUCAAAAUAAGGAAAAAUCUCUGUGCUGAGUUUGAUAAACCAACUCAAGAUGAACAUAUGCAAGUUUACCUCAGGAUAAGACCAUUUACAGAUGCCGAAGAGGAACAAAAAGAGAAUCAGGAUUGUCUAGAAAUAGAGGGAGAACACAAUGUGCUCACACAUGCUCCCAAGUCAUCACACUCUUACAAGAACUGUGUGUAUGGACUUCAGAAGACAACCAACAAGUACACCUUCUCCAAAAUAUAUGGCCAGGAAACAACACAAAAGGAGUUCUUCAAUGGCACUAUGCUAGGAAUAGUGAAAAACUUCAUUGAUGGACAGAACUGUUUAGUGUUUUCUUAUGGAGUCACAAGCUCUGGAAAGACCUAUACCAUUCAAGGCGAGCCUCGGGAUGCUGGCAUUCUACCUAGGGCUUUGGAUGUGUUGUUUAACAGCAUCAAUAACAAACAUCUCUCUGGGUACAUCCUGAAGCCUAAAAUGUUUAUGGAUGUGGUAAAGCUAACCAAGGAAGAGGCUGAGGAGGAGAGGCGAAAUAAAGAAAAAACCCUCAAACUGAGUAAUGACGAGGAUCCGGAUGUAAUGAGUUUACUUGGUGACGAUGCAUCAGAUGCCUCACAGCUAACCAACACCACUACAUGCUCAGAGAGUUCUAAUGUCUCCUUCCUGCCAAACAAAGAGUCCCUUGACCCCUCUGAGGCCUUGUUAGCCAUUGAGAGCCGAGUCCGUGAGGAGACAAGGGUGACGGUCGAUGACCAGGGUCAGAUCCUGUUCUCUAUUUGGGUCAGCUUCGCAGAGAUCUACAAUGAACAGAUCUUUGAUCUACUUGUGCCAAUCUCCAAGAAGAAAAACGCCAGGAGACCAGUGCUUCGACUGAGUGACGACAGAAAUGGGAGUCCUUAUAUCAAAGGUUUAAAGGAGAUAUGUGUAAAUAAUGCGGAUGAAGCAUACAAACUGUUAACCAUUGGUAAGAGGAAUCUACAGACUGCUUGUACAAAACUGAAUCACCAGUCUUCCAGAAGUCACUGUAUAUUUAACAUCAAGAUAAUUCGAGUGGUGGACAAGGCUAAUCCAAGGAUGGCCAGAGUCAGCAUGCUAAGUCUAUGUGAUUUGGCGGGCUCAGAGAGAUCAGCCAAAACACAGAGUGUAGGAGACCGACUGAAGGAGGCGGGAAACAUCAACACAUCUCUAAUGACCCUGGGGCGCUGCAUUGAAAUGCUCAGAUACAAUCAGAGCCACAAGGAUCAUCCAAAGAUAAUCCCCUUCCGAGAUAGCAAACUGACCCGCUUAUUUCAGAAUUUCUUCUGUGGACAAGGUCGUGUCAACAUGAUCGUCAAUGUGAACCAGUGUGCCAGCAUGUUUGAUGAGACGCAGCAUGUCUUCAAGUUCUCAGCUAUUGCUAAACAGGUGGUUAUUACACAAAAACCAGAUCUGAAAACCAGACUGCUUCAGUCUGCCAAAAAGACAGCUGACCUGAAGAAGAGAGCUGUCUCCAUCAGCUGGGCCACUCCAGGUCAGCUGAGGGAACUGAAUAGUGCUGCUGACCACAAUUGA